UUAUGAUUAUGAUAGUGAGCAAGAACAAAAUAAUGACGUUGCCAUGACGUUACCUAGGCGGUCAAUCAGACAUUCCUCAAAUAUGAUUUCGGAUACCGGAAUAGAGACGCGCAACAUUCCACGGACGAGAAGUUUCGUAAGGAAUUCGAAGAACAUUUCUGCUGACAAAAAGUUGAAUGCGGAUAAAAUCGAUGAAUCGACAGUAUUGGAUGAAGCGAUGGCUGCUGAUGACCAAGACGCAACUCCGGCGGCGCAAACGAAUUCACAAAAGUUGUCGAAAGAUCAAACGGGUAAUAGGACAAUUCGGCGGACUUCGGCGAGAUUGUCGAUCGCGCAGGUUUCGAACGAAACUCACUUUAAGGAUAUUUCGCGUAGACAAUCGAGCUUGACUAGGUCUCAGAGUCAACGCAACACUCCCCUUAGAUCGUUGAAUAUUAACAAUAAGACUAACACAAACAACAGAAUGAUAGACGAUUUCUUCAAAACGAAGCAGCCUUCGAUUGGCAAGAAUCAGGCCAAAUCGUACGACCAGUCCCUUGUACCGUCGGAGAUUUUCAAGGGCGCCGAGAAGAUGCGGAAGAUUCAAGAUCAGGUGGAGGCAAUGAAGAGCCACGGAAGAGCCGCGAUAAAAAUAUAUCCCGACAAGACCAGUGAGAAGCGGUCGAACGCGAAGGUCGCUGGUAUCGUUUCGAAGAAGAUUGUGAAGAAGAAGAAACUGUCCGUCGAACCAGCGAAGAAGGUGGAUAAAGCGUAUCUAGUGAACGGGAAGGUAUACAAAGCGCCAAGGCUCCCACGUCCGAAGCAGUGGGUCACCGAUCGUUUCUACAAGUUCAUGUGGAAACGGAUGGAGCCCAAGUACAAAUUGUCCGCGAGAAUACGAUCCGAGAAAUUCGUCGAGGAGCUAAACAAGGUUGUCACUUUUAUCUCGCGGUGUGCAAAAUACGACAACUACAAGGCCGAGCUGGAGGCCCUGAUGAAGGAAAUGGCUCGAUUGAGGAUCAUCAACACUCCUAAUGAUUUCUAUAAUUUCUGUCGCGACUUCAUGCCUUACGAAUUUCGCGUUAAAGUAAUCCCCAUUUUAUUGCCCGGCAAUCGGAAGACCAUCCCCUACGAUCCGGAAAAGUUGCAUACGCCUUUACUCGAUGAAUAGGAUUAAAGUUACAUGAGUAAGGCUAAAAUCGCACGAAUAAGGUGGUAUGAACAAGAUUGUUCUAUUUGUGUAAUUGUAAUACUAUUGUACGUUCUAAACAGCCUAAGGGUUUCCUAAACUUAUGUGAACUUAUUUUCUUAGAAUGAUAAACAUCCGCGACGAUUCACCUAGCUUUUUGGUAGAUAUGAAAAAGCGGAGGGAGUGUAAAUUGAUUAUUUAUACCAUUUUAUGAUGCGUUGAUACGAGAAUACGCAACAAGUUUGUACCCGGCUUAAGUUUGCAAAAUUAUGUGAAGUAAUAAAGUGUAAUUUAAUAUUCGAAAA